GUGCAGCGGGACUAUUAAGCGGGGAUUGAGGACUGUGUCCUGGGAAUGUCCCACUAGCGGGCGGUGUGGGUUAUAGUAGAGCUCGCUUAUGUAACAAUUCCCCCAAAUUCCUUGUGUAGGAAGAACAAGAGCCCGCGGGGGAUUCAGCCGCGUGUAUUUACCUGUCAGGGCGAUGGUACAGUCCGUUUGUAUGAGGAUUCCUGAGGGUCGGAGCAGCCCAUGACUGGACUGGGGGGGAGAGAGGCGUGGUUAGUGUUUGUGUAGCACUUGUGGGACUCGGCUCUGUUCUAAAUUACAAUAUUAUAUUCCAAUAAAUGGACGGCAAUUAAAGGAGACAUAAAGGGUCCAUCAGAGAUUUCAAGUGCCUGGCCCCGUAAAUGAACAAUUGACCAGAGAAUCCCCCAAGAAGGAGAUCCAAUGCUAAAUCAGUUUGCGCCAAAUCUUUUGUGCAUGAGGGGAAUUAGCUGUGUUCUCCAGCACCAUGAAGCACCAUGGUUGUGAUCUGUAGACGUCCAUCUCUGGAGACUAUUUGUGGCAUCUAAAAGGGAGAGGAUAAGGUGGCAACCUUAAUGGAGAGAAUGGCCCGUGUUACCACAGCCCUAACAGGCCGCACUAUGUUUUGUCACCUGGAUGCCCCUGCCAAUGCUAUAAGCGUGUGCAGAGAUGCUGCCCAAGUGGUGGUUGCUGGCCGCAACAUAUUUAAGAUCUAUUCUAUGGAAGAAGAUCACUUUGUGGAAAAACUCAAUCUCAGGGUGGGCCGUAAGCCUUCUCUUAACUUUAGUUGUGCCGAUGUUGUCUGGCACCAAAUGGAUGACAAUUUGUUGGCCACUGCUGCCACCAAUGGUGUGGUGGUGACAUGGAAUCUGGGGAAGCCAUCGCGUAAUAAGCAGGACCAACUAUUUACUGAGCACAAACGGACAGUCAACAAGGUCUGUUUCCAUCCCACCGAGGUGUACAUGCUGCUGAGCGGCUCACAGGACGGAUACAUGAAGUGCUUUGACCUGCGCAAAAAGGAUUCUGUCAGCACCUUCUCAGGUCAAUCAGAAAGUGUUAGGGAUGUGCAGUUCAGCAUUCGGGACUACUUUACCUUUGCAGCCACCUUUGAGAAUGGAAAUGUUCAGCUGUGGGACAUUCGCAGGCCGGAUCGCUGUGAGCGCAUGUUCACUGCCCACAAUGGGCCAGUUUUCUGCUGCGACUGGCAUCCUGAGGAUAGAGGUUGGCUGGCUACCGGGGGCCGGGACAAGAUGGUAAAAGUUUGGGAUAUGAACACAAAUCGUGCAAAAGAAAUUUACUGUGUGCAGACAAUUGCUUCAGUUGCACGAGUUAAGUGGAGACCUGAGAGAAAGUAUCACAUUGGUACCUGCUCUAUGAUGGUGGACCAUAACAUAUAUGUGUGGGAUGUGCGUCGGCCAUUCAUACCCUUUGCGACUUUUGAGGAACACAAGGAUGUGACUACAGGAAUCAUAUGGCGUCACAUGCAUGACCCAUCCUUUUUGCUCUCCGGCUCAAAAGACAGUACCUUAUACCAGCACAUAUUUAGAGACGCACGAAGACCUAUAGACCGUGCGAAUCCAGAGGGUCUUUGCUAUGGUCUCUUUGGAGAUCUGGCCUUUGCCGCUAAGGAAAGUCUGAUAUCCUCAUCAUCAUCACAUGACUCCAACAGAAAGCCUUAUGACCGACGUCAUCCAAUCUUUUUCUUGAGGAGGCCAGACCCUACAGAACAAUUUGAAAACAUCUCUAGCGGUCUGAGCGUCUUUGAAGCUGGGGGUGGUGAUAUGGGAUGGUUUGUAGCCACUGCAGAAAGGUACGCUUUGGCUGGACGCCCUCUUGCAGAGCUGUGUGACCACAAUGCCAAUGUGGCCAGGGAUCUUAACAGGUGGCAGGUUGCUCAGACAUGGACAAUGUUGAGAAUUAUUUACUGCAGUCCAGGCACUGUUCCUCCUGCCAAUCCAAACCAUAGCUUGGGCAAAAGUGGCACUUCUUUACCUUUGCUGAACAGUUUCAACCUGAAGGAGCUGCCGUCUGGGAUAGUCGGUGAGUCUCGGCUGGAGCACAGUAAGGGAGACAGCCGAGCCGAUAGCAUUCUGAUGGAUCCCGCAGCCAUUAAUAAUGAUGAAAAUGAAGAGACUGAAGGCAGUGAUGUUCCUGCUGAUUACCUGCUUGGGGAUGUGGAAGGAGAUGAAGAUGAACUGUAUAUGAUGGACCAGGAACAGCCCCACACUGAGGAGCAGGAGUAUGUCCUUCCUCAGGAGGGCUUCCCUCUACGUCAUGAGAUUAUGGACAACCCCUCUGCUCUGGAUCAUCUGCAGGAGAAAGCAGACUCCCCACACGUGAGCGGCAACGAGGCAGAAACCGUGUCCCUUACUCCUGUGGAAUCAUUUUCUCUUAUCUCUAUCUCUCAUGCCCUGUAUGAGAACCGGCUCCCAUCUGACUUCUUCAGUCCCACAGUUCGGGACAUGUUGUGCUUCUAUGCUGAGCAAGGAGAUGUACAAAUGGCUGCCUCAGUCCUUAUUGUGCUGGGAGACAGAAUCCGCAAAGAAAUAGACGAGCAGACCCAGGAGCACUGGUUCACUUCUUACAUUGACCUCCUUCAGCGAUUUAAACUGUGGAAUGUCUCCAACCAAGUGAUUAAGCUGAGCACGUGCAGCUCCAUCAACUGUCUCAACCAGGCCUCCACCACCCUGCAUGUCAACUGCAGCAACUGCAAGCGGCCAAUGAGCAACAAGGGAUGGAUUUGUGAUAGGUGCCGUCAGUGUGCCAGUAUGUGUGCCGUGUGCCACCAUGUGGUGAAGGGACUGUUUGUUUGGUGUCAGGGCUGCUGUCAUGGGGGGCACCUGCAGCACAUCAUGAACUGGAUGCAGAACAAUUGCUACUGCCCCGCUGGAUGUGGACAUGUGUGUGAAUACAGUUAAUCCCUGUGGAUGUGACUGGACACACACUGCCCCUAUGAGCCAAUGGAGAUCUUCACUCGGCUGCCCAUGUUUGUGCACUUUCUACAUAGUAUUCAUCGUGAGCUCCAGGAACCUUCGCUUUUUGUGCAGAGGGGUCUUCUCACUCAUCUCCAGCAGGUGAAAGCUCUGGCUUCCUCUAGACUUGCUUCUACUACUGUUACAGCUGCUGUGUAUUGGAAUCCAAGGCUCCAAGAGAAGUGUUUCCAGUUGGGCAGGUCCCAGGCUGAGACAUAAUUACACAGUAAGGGAAUAAUACAGGUAAUCUUACAGGCCACAAUGCCUGCGCUUAUACUGGGGAACAUUCUAUCCUGUUAAACUGAUAAAUAAAUGUUACUUACAGGGAGCUCCGAUGAAGUCUUGUGACCAGUGCAGGAUUAAAGGGGACCUGUCACCCAAACAUAAAAAUCUGUAUAAUAAAAGUCCUUUUCAAAUUAAA